AUGUCUACUAAUACUGUUCCCUCAUCUCCCCCAAACCAGACGCCACCUGCUGCUUCUGGCAUCGCUACCUCUCACGAUCACACCAAGUUCAACAAUCCCAUCAGACUACCGAUAUCCAUCUCUCUCACCAUUAACGAUACGCCUAACAAUAACAGCAAUAAUAAUAGCGUUAGCAAUGGUUUAGGUAUUUUGCCCUCGCGUACGGCUACUUCUUUAGUCGUUGCAAAUAACGGUAGCGCAAACGGCAAUGUUGGUGCUACUGCUGCUGCUGCUGCCACUGUGGAGACGAAUACAGCCCCCGCGGUGAACACUACAAAGAGUAUCCGCCAUUUCAUAUAUCCUCCAAACCAAGUCAAUCAGACGGAGUUUUCACUUGAUAUACAUCUCCCACCAAAUACCUCGCUACCGGAACGGAUAGACCAAUCUACUUUGAAACGCAGAAUGGACAAGCACGGGCUUUUCAGCAUUAGGCUAACCCCGUUUAUAGAUACUUCAUCCACGUCUGUGGCUAACCAGGGUCUUUUCUUUGACCCCAUUAUCAGGACUGCGGGCGCAGGCUCGCAAAUUAUCAUCGGAAGAUACACCGAAAGAGUAAGAGAGGCAAUUUCCAAAAUUCCAGAUCAGUAUCAUCCCGUAGUGUUCAAAUCAAAAGUGAUAUCCAGGACCCAUGGGUGUUUCAAAGUUGAUGACCAAGGAAACUGGUUUUUGAAAGAUGUCAAGUCUUCCAGUGGGACCUUUUUGAACCACCAGCGUCUAUCUUCUGCGUCUACCACUUCUAAGGACUACCUUUUACAUGACGGAGAUAUCAUACAGCUGGGUAUGGACUUUCGCGGCGGGACGGAAGAGAUAUAUCGUUGUGUUAAGAUGAAAAUAGAAUUGAACAAGUCUUGGAAAUUAAAGGCCAAUGCAUUUAAUAAAGAAGCCUUGAGCCGAAUAAAAAAUCUACAGAAACUAACUACUGGUUUAGAACAAGAAGACUGUUCCAUUUGUCUAAACAAAAUAAAACCUUGCCAAGCCAUUUUUAUAUCACCAUGUGCCCAUAGUUGGCAUUUUCAUUGUGUAAGAAGAUUGGUUAUUAUGAAUUAUCCUCAAUUCAUGUGUCCGAACUGUAGGACAAACUGUGAUUUGGAGACUACCUUGGAAUCCGAAUCUGAAUCCGAAUUCGAAAACGAGGACGAAGAUGAGCCAGACAUUGAAAUGGAUAUAGACAUGGAAAUAAAUAACAAUUUAGGUGUUCGCCUAGUAGAUUGA